AUGACGGAACGACCAACACUAUUGCCUGGUGAGAUUGCUCACCAGAAUUUCGAAGUCGGAUACAUUGCCCUUUCCUACGCCGUUUCGUAUAUUGGUUCUGUCACCACAUUGGAACUUCUCAAUAGAAGAACUGGUAACCGGGGAUGGUACAAUUGGAGUUUGUUGGUUGGCUCGGCCAUAUCCAUGGGAUCGAUUGCCAUCUGGGGAAUGCAUUUCAUCGGCAAUCGGGCUAUAAUACUUGAUUAUGGAGUUGAAAGCCAUCAACUGAUAUACAACUCAAGCUUCACUGCUUUAUCCUUCUUUCUACCAAUCGUCGUCCUUCUCUCAGCAUAUAUGUUCAUCGGAACCAAUGAGGAUGUUAGCAUUGUCCGUGUGUCCGUAGGAGGGACCGCAGCCGGAUUGGCUGUGGUUUUGAUGCACUACCUUGGCCAAUUCGGUGUCAGCAACUAUACAUCUGUCUACAAAAUACCCUUCGUGAUCGGCAGCGUCAUCAUUGCCAUCCUCGCGAGUAAUGUUGCUCUUGUGGUCUUUUUCGUAUCUCGGUCACGAUGGGCUGGCACUUGGUGGAAGCGUAUUGGUUGUAGUUUUGUUCUUGCCGGAGCUGUUUCCGGUAUGCAUUGGCUCGCUACUGUCGGAACAAGUUAUAGAUUGCGCAGCGCUGCUUUGCCAAAAAGCACACUCGAUAGAAAACAAACCGUCGUCGUUGUCGUGACCCUAUGUGUUUUCACCUGCACUUGCUUGUUGGCCUAUGCUAUCGUUCUAGGGGCGAGGGCCCGGCAGAUGGUUACCAAAAUCCGCAAAGUCACAUUGUCCGCGGUGAUGUUUGACCCGGAUGGGCGUCUCAUGAUUUCCACUAGUGGUUCCCUGCCAACAGAGGUUAUCACUGACACUUUGAACUCCCUUCUCGACCAAGAGUUUUCUAAAGAGCACCCGGUAUUCUUGUGGUUCUAUAGGGUGUCUCGGUCCUGGUCUGGUGUCAAAGAUAUCGUGUCGGUUAUGCAGCAGCAUCUGCGCCACAUUGAUGUCAAGAAGCUUGGAACUGAGGAGCAAUCUGAGCUGAACCUCAUUUUCCGCGAAAUGCUUUGCGUCGCUGCCAAGAAACUUUCGGAACAACUGCGUCAGCCCUUGGAAUGCAUUGGUGCUCUCCACGACGACAUCCUACAUACAAGCUCCAACUCGAGGAGUCGAGUCAAUACACCUAUCGGGCCGAGUGAUGUUGAGAGACUGCGCAAGGUUUCAGCAGGCAAGGGCCAGACAUUAUUCGUCUAUCGGGAGGUCACCAGGGAGGAGGCAGCGAGGCUUCAGUCUCACGGCUAUCGAUUUACGAGUGUCAAAAUUGCCACGGAUGUUGUUGCUCGUUCGCUCCAGGUUCAGCGUGAAGUUUUGACCGAACACUUAAAGAAUAUGCGAGAUGCUUCUCAGAUUGAAAGCAUCUUGGAGCCUGGCAUUCAUAUCGGAGGCUUUGCCUGCCGUGCUAAUAUCGAUGGUGGAUUCGACGUUCUUGUUCAGAAGCUCCAGCCAAAUCUUAUCCCGUCUGUCCAGCUCCCCAUCCCCGCUCUUACGGAUGAGCUUAAGCAAGUUAUGCAAUUAUUACACGGAAUGACUCUCGGGAAUGCCUUACGGGUGUUGGAGAUGAAGCAAAACUCGACGUCGGGAAUCGAUCGAUCGUACCUCGAGGAAGUGCGAUCUGCUGUCCGCGCCCUUACGAAGGCAUAUCCGGAUAAUUUUUGGCAAGAUGCUAUCUUUUCUUCCAUUCCGGUUACCAUGCCAUGUCGGUCGGGAAAUGUCGAAGUCGAUCAUGCAACUGCUCAAAUGUUCGUUUUCCGCACAAUCGUCCCGAUCCACCAAAGAGAGUUGAGCGAUGGUAUCAGAAUGGCACCCUUUGAUUUCUUCACCGCGCAGCAGCGUGCCUUCUCCACCAGCCGGGAUCAUGAGGUAUUCGCUAGGCAGAUCCACACUGAAUUCUCUGGACUUUCCGAAAGAUACCUCCGUACGCCCAAGCCUUCUAUAAUACCACGAAGACUCCGGGCUUUAUUCUGGUCGUCCGGUCGCCCCACCACGGCUGAGAAGACGCUUGUCGAAAAUCCUUUCGCCAAUAUCAUGAUUUCUCAAGCUGUAGAUGUCCACUCGGCUAAAACUUCGAUGGAGAUCCACGAACUCGACACUUUAAGGACAACGGGCGCAGCUAUUGUUGUCCGAGAGGUCGAGGAACCGACUUGGGCUGAAGACUACUUUCACCUACUCAUGAGCAAGCCGAGGUCUCCAUAG